UAGCAUGUUUUUUUUUUUGCAUUUUGGCUAGGUUUUUGGUCUUGAGCAUUUUCGAAUAAAACAACACCUUUUUGCUGGCCACUUUUUUUUUCGGUUGUUUUUUGUUUCGUGUGCCUUCCUGUAAUUUAAUAAUGUGCGGUGUGUGGUGCGCGUGCUAGUGGUUUUUCCUGUUAUUGGAAAAUAUCGAAAAUGAAUUCGGGACGGGUGAGCAGAGCGCGGAGUAUCGAAAGUGGACGGGUGGCCUGAUGUCCCGUCGUCCAAAUGUCCUGGCCAUGAAUUGAGCGACGAAUCAACAAAUUAGGGGUGGUCCUGGUCGCGCACGAGUGUUUUCCACAGUGUCUGUGUGUGUCUGGUACACAGGAACGAUUCGGGGAUGCCUUUUAAAGGAUUUUAAAUAAUAAUAAGAAUGGAAUUAUAGCCUCGAUUUCAUUUUCUUUUCUGUGGUUAGCGUGCGUGUGUAUUUGUGUUUGUGUGUGUGUGUGUGCGCUGGCCAACUGCAUCACCUGAUGGUGAAAACAUGACCUAAUUCCGUUCAGCAUCUUGGCCAGCUUAGUCAGGACCAGAACCUGAACCGCGCUUAGAAAACCACCCCCGGAACCUUAACCCUCGAACGCCCGAUUGUCUCACCCUUAACCCUAAGUCUAGCACUUGCCUGGCUUCCUGCUUCCGCCUUCUAAUUAGAUUGCAAUCAUUUCACAAUUUGAUUGCCAGCCGCCUUGAUGAACCCCCCACAUACCACUUACCACUUGCAGUGCCCCCAGCCCCACGGACCACGCCCCCCAGCCUGUCCGCCCACCAAUCUGUCAGCCUGCCAAUCUGCCAGUCCGCCGACCCGCCAGCGGAAUGGAGCAGCUGUGCUACCUGGCGCUGAGCGUCCUGCUGGCCAUCAUCGUGGUCUACGGACUCCUGGAGCUCCACUACUUCCUGCGCAUGUGCCUCUGUGUUGUGCUCGCCCGGUUUGUGAAGAGGCGCUGCCACAUCCUGGAUACCACCACGGUUAACGGUCUCUGCCUCACCAACGAUGUGGACACUUUGUUGUACCACAUGAACAACGCUCGCUAUUUCCGCGAGCUGGACUUCGCCCGCGUGGACUUUUACGAGCGGACCAACCUGUACCGCACCAUCACGGGAAUGGGAGGUUCCGUUUUCCAGGGGGCGGCCACCAUACGCUACCGUCGCUUCAUCCGCCCCUUUCACCGCUUCAACAUUAUUUCGCGGAUUAUUUACUGGGACGAGCAGUCCCUAUUCAUGGAGCACCGCUUUGUGCGUCCGUCGGACAAGUUCGUGCACUGCAUCGCCAUCUGCCGGCAGCGGGUGAUCGACGUGUCCAUGGAGGCGGUGAUGUCGGAGCUGCUGCCCAGGACCUCCUCCAACGGAUUCCGGGCGACGGUGCUGACCUCGCUGGCUGCUCCUUCGCCGUCGGCUGGUGGCAUAAGCAAUCCUGCGAUGGACACUUCGCUGGCGGAGAACGGACAUGGGACGACGAGCGGUGGAGCGACGGGCACGGGUGCCACGGCCAGCGCGACCACGGCGCACUGCCUCAAGCUGAAGCCCUCGCUGCCGCCGGAGUUGGCCAAGUGGAUCGAGUACAACGAUAUGUCGAGCAAGAAUCUACGCAGCGGCUGCUGACUGGAAUCGUUGGAGUCGCCGCAAGCGGAUGUGCAACCGGAAACGGAAACGCCCAUUAAUACAUGUUUUUUUUUUGUCUCGCGUGCUUGUGUGUGUGAGUGUGCGUGCUAAAGUGUGCUAAUGUUUAAUGUCUAAGUGUGAACGUGGAUUGUUUGUAUUGUAAGCUAUGUAAGGGUCUGUAAAACAAAUAAGAAAAACCCGCCCUCUUAUGGCCUUAACUAAUGUAUUGUAUAAUUACCCAGAGAUCAGCCACGCCCCCCGAACAAUGAACUAAAAAUACAAACAAAACUCCUUGGUAGUCCACAGUGUGUAAGCUAUGAUGUACAAUGAUUGUUUAGUAAAUGAACAAACUAAUGUGAAAAAAGA